CUGGGUUGGUUUGGUCCAUGGGAGCAAGGAAGUCAGAUUCCUGUCCUUUGGGAGCAUCUCAGUCUCAAGCUGACUUUGUGCCCUAAGAGAAACGAGCCAGGGAACCCAGUCUGAGGGAAACAUGUUGCACGCGAAAGUGAAAAUAGAGAAGCCAGAUCUAGAGAUGGCCAAUGCGCGAAACCGUCUCGAUGCUGUGCUGCAGUGUCUGCUGGAGAAGAACGAUGUUGAUCGGGAGCAGAUGGAAGAGGACUCUGGAAAGACAACGUCAGAUGCACUCAGCAAGGACUCGUCACCUACAGCCCCGGGGAAAAGGCCCUCGGCCCGAUUCUCUCAUCACCGCCGAAAGAAGAGGAAGGAGACUGACGACGGUCUUGCCGAAGGCGGACAGCAGAAGCAGAAUACUUACGUCAUCAAGCUGUUUGACCGGAGCGUGGACCUUGCGCAGUUCUCCGAGAGCACUCCUCUGUACCCCAUCUGCCGGGCCUGGAUGCGCAACAGUCCCAUGGUGCGGGAACAGGAGCGGUCUCCCAGCCCGACUCUGCCCACCCUGCCGGAGGAUGAGGAGGGGGUUGAGGGGCUGAACGGGAAGGGUCAGGACGUAUACAAGCUGCCGCCUCCGACUCCCUGCCAGACAAACGCCGCGGGGGAUCCUGUGAACCUGCGUAUCCCUUCCCCGCUGGAGCCCGACGAAGAAUCAAAAGGAGCCAUUGACACGGCUCCCGAUCCCGUGCCGUCCAUGUCCUCCCUCAUCUACAAGAACAUGGAACGGUGGAAGAAGAUCCGACAGAGGUGGAAAGAGGCCUCGCACAAAAACCAGCUGCGCUACGCGGAGAGCAUGAAGAUCUUGAAGGAGAUGUACGAACGGCAGUGAAGGAGGGCGCGUUUCAUCAUAC